CUGAUGCGCACACGGUACAGUAGAGUAAUAUACCGUGGUCUGCCCCCGGGUCGUACUGCAGGCUGCGGGAUCUCCGUCCGCACAGCCCGUGGGAAAGAACAUCGCGGCGUCGCGUGCGGGGAAAGAAUGUUACUUUACACCAAUUUGAAAUGCUGCGCGUGUCUAACUGAUGAUCCUUUCUCUGUCUCUUCUUAAUGCCGUGCACCAUCUCAGCCUUUUCGCAUUACCCCGAUGUUCACGCUGCUGGUGGAAUUCAUCAUCAUCAUCAUCAUCAUCACCACCACCUCCCAGCCUCAUCGCCUAGGCUGCUCGGCUGCACGGCGAACGGUUCCGCAUCUCCGCUCCAGCAUCAGCACCGCGGGACAGCAGCGGCGCAGCGCUCCGCACCCGCUCCGCCGGGGCCACGCGACGCGGCUCGUGCACUGCUAUGGGAGUGCUGCCAUAACGCCCCGCACACCUUCCUCCGCUGCAGAUAUUGCCCACCUACUGAGCAGAGAGCUUCGCUCGGUGCCCUCUUGAAGAACUCUCAGUAUUGCCCAGUGAUUCCCGCAUUGGCUGGUGGCCCUUGGCAAAAUGGACAAUGCCCACAGGGAGAGGACGUCACUAGUCAAGGGGGCCAAGGACAUCGCCAAGGAGGCCAAACGGCAUGCAGUGAAGAAGGUCAAUAAGGUAGUGGACCGCGCCGCAGAUGAGUAUACCCAGCGCUCCUAUAGCCGCUUUCAGGAUGAGGAGGAGGACGAUGAUGACUAUGUCUACAGGCAGGACGGUGGUUACACAGAGGCCGUCAAUGAUGAAGAAGGCUCCAGUGAUGUCACUGAGGGCCAUGACGAGGAUGAUGAGAUCUACGAAGGAGAGUACCAGGGCAUCCCAGCGUUGGGCCAGGUUGGAGAGAAUCAGAUGGCGAUGGGUCGACCAGUAUCGGAUGCGUUGAAGGACCGGCAGGAGCUGGAGUCGGAACGCAGGGCGGAUGAGGAGGAGCUGGCGCAGCAGUACGAGCUCAUCAUCCAGGAGUGUGGCCAUGGGCGCUUCCAGUGGCAGCUCUUCUUUGUCCUGGGCCUGGCGCUCAUGUCAGAUGGUGUGGAGGUCUUUGUGGUGGGCUUUGUGCUCCCCAGCGCUGAGACAGACAUGUGCGUCCCCAAUUCACGGUCGGGCUGGUUGGGCAGCAUUGUCUAUCUGGGGAUGAUGCUGGGAGCCUUCUUCUGGGGGGGAAUGUCGGACAAGGUGGGCCGUCGGCAGUGUCUCCUGAUCAGUCUGUCCAUCAAUGGCUUCUUUGCCUUCCUGUCCUCCUUUGUGCAGGGCUACGGCUUCUUCCUCCUCUGCCGACUCAUCGCAGGGUUUGGGAUCGGUGGAGCUGUGCCAAUUGUCUUCUCCUUCUUUGCGGAGGUGCUGGCACGGGAGAAGCGGGGCGAACACCUGAGCUGGCUGUGCAUGUUCUGGAUGAUUGGGGGCAUUUAUGCUUCAGCCAUGGCCUGGGCCAUUAUUCCACACUAUGGGUGGAGCUUCAGCAUGGGCUCCGCCUACCAGUUCCACAGCUGGAGGGUGUUCGUGGUGGUCUGUGCCUUGCCCUGUGUCUGCGCAGUCGUGGCCCUCACCUUUAUGCCGGAGAGCCCCAGGUUCUACCUUGAGGUGGGGAAGCACGACGAGGCCUGGAUGAUCCUCAAGCAGAUCCACGACACCAACAUGCGGGCACGUGGGCAGCCGGAGAAAGUCUUCACUGUGAACAGGAUCAAGAUCCCGAAGCAGAUCGACGAACUGGUGGAAAUGCAGUCGGAGUCGGCGAACCCUGCCUCCAAGGCCCUUUUCAGAGUGAAGGCCGAGCUGCACGGGAUCUGGCUAACUUUCAUGAGGUGCUUCAAUUACCCGGUGAAGGACAACACUGUGAAGCUGGCUGUUGUGUGGUUCACGCUGUCAUUUGGGUUCUAUGGCUUAUCUGUGUGGUUCCCAGACGUCAUCAAGCACCUGCAGGCUGACGAAUAUGCCUCCAGAGUCAAGACUCACAACAAUGAGCACAUUGAGGACUUCACCUUCAAUUUCACCCUGGAGAACCAGAUCCACACCAAUGGGAUGUUCAUCAAUGACAGAUUUAUAAGCAUGAAGUUCAAGUCCGUCACGUUUAUUGACUCCACGUUUAGAAACUGCUACUUUGAUGACGUUACUUCCGUGGGGUCCUACUUCAAGAACUGUACUUUCAUUGAAGCCUUUUUCUACAACACUGAUAUCGAUGACACCAAGCUGAUUAACACAGAAAUAAUAAACAGCACUUUCCAUCACAACAAGACGGGCUGUCAGAUGACAUUUGAUGAUGACUACAGUGCCUACUGGGUCUACUUUGUCAACUUCCUGGGCACGUUGGCUGUUCUACCUGGGAAUAUUGUGUCUGCGCUACUAAUGGACAAAAUAGGCCGCUUGACCAUGUUAGGGGGGUCCAUGGUACUGUCUGGUAUCAGCUGCUUCUUCCUCUGGUUUGGCACGAGCGAGUCCAUGAUGAUCGGCAUGCUGUGCCUCUACAAUGGCCUUAGCAUCUCUGCCUGGAACUCCCUGGAUGUGGUCACUGUGGAGCUGUAUCCCACAGACAGGAGGGGGACGGGGUUUGGAUUCUGCAACGCACUGUGUAAGCUAGCCGCAGUACUGGGAAACAUGAUUUUCGGGUCUCUGGUGGGCAUCACGAAGGCCAUCCCCAUCCUGCUGGCCUCCACCGUGCUGGUGUGCGGGGGGCUGGUGGGUCUGCGGCUCCCAGACACCAGGUCCAACGUCCUCAUGUAAACCAUCACCUCUCGGCAGCCCAAGCCCUUUUCAGGAGUGGAAGGGGGACGGGUCACCAAUAUGAUCACAGCAUGGCGAUAUCCAUGUUAUUUGAUAUGAGUUCAUUUAUUCUUCUCUUUACUAAUUUAUUUUGAUGUCAUGGCCAAACAUCUGAGGCAGAGUUUAGCAGGGAGCACAUCUUGAUUGGGGUGCGAGUCCACAGUUGUCAUGUGGACUUUACUGUCCACUGUGUCUAGGCUCUGUGCCCCGCAAACUAGUGGCACAAGAGAAGAUCGAAUCUAGUAGCUUUUUAGUUCCUAAAAUUGCUGAUGAGGAGCUCCUCUUGGGACUUCAUGGUCGGAGGAAAGGGACUGGGUGCGUAUGCGGAAUUACAAACCCGAGUCUGCUGUGUUGCCGGGUGGUACUGCUGCUUGAGAACCAUUGACGACAAGGGUACAUCGCGGUUUACCAACUGCUGUAGCUGACAGCUGAUAGAAUGAGAGAGGGCUACUCCUCAAUCUCCUGAACGACAGGUGGGAUCAAUAGUGGCAAUGCUGAUGUUUCUUCAUUUUGGAAUCAGAUGAAACGUGAGGACAAGCCAUACUGUCAAAACAAGCAUUGGUUCAGUCACGGCAUAAGAAUGGGAGAGGGCAUGAUUCGACGAUGUCUUACCUCAACGAUGUAAAUGUAUACAUUUCUGAUUCAUGUUACAUUAUGUAUAGUGUUUACAAAUAUUUUAGGCAUUUUGCAUUCAGCUACAAUGGCAAGGUUGAUAUUUUUAAGCCUUUUGCACCUGUUUUUUCAGCUACAAAUGAGAGGCCAUAGAAAAAUAUAACUGUAAAUAUCAUAAUUGUAAGUGUACAUACAUAGUGGUUGUAGUGUAUAUUACAUUGCAGUUGAGAUUUCCUGCUUUUGUUGACAUAGAAUUGACAAAUCUAUUCUUUUACCUGUUUUUCUUAUCCCUUCCUCAUGAAGCCUGAGGCAUUACAUGUAGGGCCUUGUACCCAGUUCACUAAGUCAUGUGUUAAUUCAGGGGCUUUAGGCAGAGACAAAUCACUGUUCUGCAGAUUUUAGUGCCAUUUUUUGCAACAGGAUCCUUAACUGAAGGGGGAUCUCUCCUUCAGAAUUAAGAAUGCGCACAACAAUAUGCCUGUUUGUGAUGUAAAGGCAGAUGGAUAGAGCCUGAAAAUUUCUUAGAAAAGCAAUUAAAGUAAGAGCUGAAAAUAUCCGUUCUGACCCCUGGUAACACACACGACACCACACUGUGUUCACUAUUCACAGUUCAGCACCAACACUGCAAUGUUUUUUCGGGGAAGCACUCUAAUUGUAUUUUGAAACAGUAGUAUGUCAGAUUAAACAUCUCACUUAUAACAACAGCCGUUCUACUUCUCGGAAUUUGUAACUACAGCAUCAUAAUCACAUUCUCAAAUAUUUAAGUGUACUGGUAUUUUUCAGUUAUAUAUACCUUCAGAAAUAUAUACCUUUAGCUAGCAGUUACAGCAUUUCACAGUGAUAUUGCUGUAUAGCUAUUGAUGUAGAAGGGCACAAAAUAUUUACUACCAUUUGCAAAACAAAUGGCAGAAUUAAUAACUAUCAGAGCAUUUGAUUUUUUUCCCAUUAUUGUCUCAUUAUAAUACAUUUUCAUAAGAACAGUAGGCUGUUGGCUCCCUGCUUUUUCACUGAAUCACGGGGCAGAUUUCAGUUAGUUUGCAAAUAGUUUCCUGUACUGAAUUCAAAUGAAAACCUGUGUCGUACCAAUUUGAUGUUUAAUUGCUGAGCCCAUCACAAAUUUGUUGAAAAGUUCAGCUCAGCGCUAUACCCCUCUCAAGGGAAUCACAACAAGGCCUUCCGGGAUGCGAAGCACUAGACAACCCUCGUACCAUUAACCAACAUACUACCUGUCAAUUCAAACCCAGCAUUAUGACUUCGUUGCAGUUCUAGCUCUAUGAAAUACGCAGUGCCAUGAAAUUGUAUCCUCACCAUCAGUCUUUCUCAGUGUUUUCCUUUUCAAACCUGAAAAUUAUGGUUUAUACAAAUAGUGGCUACAGAUAUAGUUACAUAAUGUGAAAUAUUUAUGUCACUGGCAUGUCAUUAAAAUCAACUCAUGCUUGAUUACUUAAAUAUAAAGCUACAAAACUCAUGUUUACACAGAACAGAAACAUUACAACAGUGAGAUGACCAGCGCCAGUGAAUUUACAGCGAUUUUCAGCGGCAUCAGUACUGCUUUGAGUUGUACCUUGCAGUGUAUCGCCACAGUUUUUCAGAUGAUGUUUAGUUGACAGCAGAGAUUACAGCUGCUCUCUGAUUAUGGUUUUCCACAAGGCCCAAGUCGUAACUCAGACAUGGCUGUACCGUACAAGUCCUCUGUCACAUUUCCAUGGGAAAGAAUGUUGAUCUGGAUUUCGUUCAAGUCUUUAAGACGGCGUCUCGGUGUGCGUGUGCGCGUAUAUAUCAUACACACAAGUUAAUAUAACUUAUUUACUUCAGGGGCUGCUUUGUCAACGAACUGGAUUUCAUUUACUUAGGCUUUUACUCAUUUUGUUUAUAAGCUUGUGACAACUAGUGGAGUCUCAUUCUCUGCAAAGGUCCGUCAGUCUUCACAUUGCCUUCCACCUCUAUUUGAAGUAAAGCAAACGCAGGACCAUCCUCCACCAGAUGCUCAGACCUUGCAUGUCUAUAUUUAUCUCUUUUGGUUGGUGUUCAACUUAUGUGUUCUUGUGCUGUUCCUGAGGAGGGAAACAUGUUGAUUUGGGAAAUGCGAAUGUAUUAUCCGUGUGAGCUCUGAAGUGUCGGGUUUUUGGUUGUCUGUUGAACAAAGUGUGUCCUUCGUUGUGGGAGAGCAUGCUAGGAAUGGGAGGACUGUGUGUACAGUGCACUUCCACAUGGUAUUACCAGUGUGUAUAAAAGUAUUUGCCAAAAACUAUUCCUGAUAUGACUUAAGAGAGAGAAGACAGACUAUGUGCAAUACUUAA